AUGGUCCGGCUGGUGACGUGGAAAGCGGACCAAAAAAAGAUGGCGGCGCCCACAGCCGAAGAAGUGAUGGUAAACAAGCGGAGUGACGAAUCGACAAAUCCCGUUUCCACCGCGGACAUGGAAAACCUCGAGUCGAAAUCGAGGGACAGGACGCUGCACGACCAUGUUCUGGAUUUCAUAAAGACGGAAUUGGGCAGCGACCUGAAAUCCCUGAGAAAUGUGGGCGACCUCAUAGAGAGACUAAGUGCAGAGAAAGAGCAGCUGGACAAACAUGUAUUGAAAGUCUCCAGCUCUGUGCCCCUGAAAGUGCGUGAAGCUCUAUCUGCAGCUGAGGAGGCCAACACAUCCCUGGAAGGCUUGCUGGAGAGAGAGAGGGUUCUCUCCAACACUCUGCAACAGCACUUACAGGGGGUGCAGCCUUGGAUGGACAAAUUUGGCCAGACCCUUGGCAAUUUAGAAACUGUAGAGAGACACAUAAAAUACCUGCAGUGCCUCCAACACAUAGAGGAACUCAGCGAUUCUAUUCAGCAGUGUCUGAUGACCAACAGUGUAUGGGAGGCAAUCAAUGCAAUAGGCAACAUGGCCAGUUUAGUUGUUGAACUACAGGAGUCCAGCUGCUCUCACUUACAGCUGUUCCUCAGAGAGACACUGUGUUUUUGGCACAAGAUCAUCAAAGACAGGCUCGCAAGCGACUUUGAAGAGGUGUUGAGUCUUCUUCAGUGGCCGUUCAUUUUCCCUCCUACCCAGUCUCUUGCGCCCCCUGCCAACUCCCAAGAGAUAAGCAGUCAGCUGGACUUGCUGUCUACACAGCUGUUGGCCCUGCAAACCUCAGAUAACGUGAUAUCUGAAAAGUCCUUAGGCUCCCGUCCAGGUGUGCCAUCUGCCCCACCCCUCUCCCUACCAAUUCAGAUAAUGUUGCAGCCACUCCGCAAGAGAUUCAGAUACCACUUCACUGGCAACCGACAGACCAACUCACUCAGUAAGCCAGAAUGGUACCUUACUCAGGUCCUCAUGUGGAUGGGGAACAACUCCUCCUUCAUGGAGGAGAGACUCCAACCAAUUCUGGACCGGACCUCGGCCAGCAUCAGUGCCAGGAUAGAGCUAUGCCGAGGCUUGCUGUCCCUAGCUCAGGAGAAGUUGGCUAGCGAUGCACCCAGACUCCUCUAUGAUGACACUCUAUUCUGCCACCUAGUGGAUGAAGUGCUGCACUUUGAGAAGGAGUUAAGAAACACAUACUCUUACCCUGUAUCUCUGCCGGGGACGCUGCACAUUCUUCUGGAAGAGAAUACAUUACAGAAGUGGCUUGCAGUUGAAAAGAAGAUGGCACUAGAGAAAGUAGAUGCCAUGCUGUCAGCUGAGGGAGCAUGGAGCUCUCAGUACAGAGACAUUAGUGAUAUUGAUGAACUGAAAGCUCCAGAGUGUGCUGAGACGUUCAUGACCUUGCUGCUGGUCAUUACUGAGCGGUAUCGUUCCUUGCCGUGUCCUCGGGCCCAGUUGAAGUUCCUGGAACUGCAGAUGGAACUGGUAGAUGACUUUCGUAUCCGCCUCACACAGGUGAUGAAAGCAGAGUCUCGAAGCCCACUGGGGGCCCGUUACUGUGCGAUCCUCAAUGCUGCAAACUAUAUUUCCAGUAUAUUAGGAGACUGGGGAGACAAUGUGUUUUUCCUCCAGCUGCAGCAAGCCGCCGUUUCCUUUGGGGAGGAGGAAGAGGACAGGGGUGUCCUGGGAAAUAUGGGAAUGAUAGACGUUGGUCGUCUGGCUUCUCUGGAAGGGUCCCUGUUUGAGGGGCUUAUUGCCCUGCUGGAGAGACUGAGAGGUGACAUGAUGGGAAGGCUGCUGGACACUGUUAUGAGAGCAAUCAGACAAAAGGUCUAUCCUUACCGCCAAGACAGGUGGCUGUCCCUGCCAUCUCAGUUUGAUCAGACUACCAUGUCGCUCUCAAGUUCAGCCUGUCCCAUGAUGCUUUGCUUGAGGGACCACCUUUUGAAUCUACAACAGCUCCUCUGUCUGCCACUCUUCCAGACUGCGUGGCAGGGCCUAGCUGACCGGCUAGACAACUUCUUUUACCAGGAUGUGAUCCUGUAUAACCAUUUUAAUGAGGGUGGGGCGGCCCAGCUCCAGUUUGACAUGACCAGAAACCUUUUCACUCUAUUUGGACACUACUGCAAGAGGCCCGAGAACUUCUUUAAGCAUGUCAAAGAGGCAUGCAUCAUCCUGAAUCUAAAGGUGGGCUCAGCUCUGCUGCUGAGGGACCUUCUCAGGGAGUCGGUUGAGGAGACGAUAAGUUUGGACUGCGACAGGACAAAAGGAGGUUGCAGACAGGAUAACCCAUCACCGGAGUCGGCACUAAAUGAGAUAGGGGUAUACCAGCUGGCUCCCAGUGAUGUCCUUAUUUUACUCAGCCUCAGGGCAUCUUGGCCUGGACAGUAGUUACAGUGUGUUGGUGGUAGUAGGUGAGGUGGUGUUUUUGUGUGCUUUUUUUCAUUAAUAGGAAGGAGUAUCCCUUGGUUACAAACUCAUAAACUUCUGGCAGUAAUAUAAGGCAAUAUAUCCCAUAUAUUUAUAUAUUAACAUAUUUAUAUGUUAAGACCGUGGCCACACAGUGUUUUGCAAAGUCUUAAUUUUGUGUGAAUGUUAUUUAUGGAUAAGGGGGUUGGCUCAUCAGGAUAAUUCAAAUAAGUGUCAGGUAAGUUAUCAGUGACAGUUAUAUUCCGACUUCAUCUCAAGAACAUCAAAUAGUAUCAUAAUUAAUGCCAUUUCCUGGCAUUAAUUCUGUAGUCCCUUGUGGCAAGACUCUGACAGCUGGGGGAGCUACAGCGAACCACAGCUGUCAUUUGUAAUAAAAAGUCUUGGCCAAGGUCAAGUGUGAUGAGCUAUCAAACCAGGCCCACCCGCAACAUUUCUCUGAGUUAACAAACAAGUUCUCCCGAGUCAACAAAUUGUGACCCGAACUACAUUUUUUUUUGUGUCUGGCUGUCACCUUAAACCUUCAACUGGAGAAACUUUUACUAUCAUCAGAAAUCCAACCAAAAAAGGGAUAUGAGAUCCAUAUCUAAGCUGUCUGGAGAACCCAGUAGUAAAUGUCUGUUCAUUGGUUGUGAAGCCCUUCUCUUAAUGUUUGAAUUGAUCUGGGUAUUGCGAUAAACUUAAGGAUGCUUUGUUCCAAGAGGUCAUAUGCAAUACACGAGGUUAUCAUCCAAACAGUUAAAGAUAAACCAAGACCGGGAGAGUCACAUUGUUUGGCGGACUCUGAAAAGCAGGAUUAAUCAGUCCGGUGACUGCAAAAAUAAUGGAUUUUUUAAAAAUUUAUCAAAUUUGGCUAUCAAUUCCAGCAGAUGUCUUAAGCAAUGACAAUGAGCUCAUUUAAAAACGCAUAUGUUCCAUCAUAAAUAUUGUUGUAAUCUAGUUGAUUGUGCUAAAUUUCAUUUCACAUAGAGCAAUGACCCAAGAAACAGAAGGAAGACAUUUGAUAUUCAGCCAUUAAGACAUGAAAUUACCAUGUUAUAAUGCAUUUGCAUUUAUUCUGAUCACCGUGUUAUAUAUCGGAAGAUAACAGUUGUAUAUUAAGAUGUAACUCGUGACAAUAAUGCUUAAUUAAAAAGAAA